AAGGUUUUGCUGAAACAAAGAGUAAUAAUCACAAAUGUAACUCUAGAAAACAUAUUAUUUUAGUAGAACCUUUGUUAUUAAUGGGAAUUUUAGAGGCCUCAAGCAAAAGUAGGUUCCAGCUGUGGAGCUCUUUUGGAAGACUGCCAGGACCUUGCUGGGCAUCCCUGAUCUCCACUGAUAGUCUGGCAUUGAGACCCUAGCAUGUGCAAAGCUAGGGCAUUCAGAGACUGUCACUCAGACAAUAAAGUGACACAAAGAUCAUUAUCUCUUAUUCAAGUGGAUCCUACUACAUUUCGUGUUUAGAUCAGUUUGCUGGCAUCUAUAGAAAUGUAGAGUUGCUCUCAAAAUCACACCAUGCAUUUCCUUUAUUGAUCAACCCACACGUGUGCUAUGGGUGCCCCUGCCAUUUGCUAGCAUCCCAUCAUUUGUUAGACUGGGAAAGGAUAGUGAAGUUGGAUUGGCCGUCUUUCGGCCUGAAGAAAAGUUUGGGAUUGGUUUCUACAUUUGCGGGAUUGAUAAAUAUAACAAGCCUGGAGACAGACAUCAAGGCAUCAUACAGAGACCAGAAGGAAUACAGAGCGGUGCCUCCUUGCAUUUUCACUCCUGAGCCUCUUCCACAUAAAAUGCAAUCCUUUCAAUUUUCUGCUGUAGCAGAAAGUUGGUCUCCCUCUUUGACCUCCAUGACUUUCCUCUUUUUUCUGGUAACAUUCCCAGGCUCACGGAGCACAGAGUAGAGUGUGCAACAGUACCCAGCAGAUGUUCAUCUGAUGUCCUCUAUAUCCCAAUUCCUCAGUGAAAAAACUUUUAGGGUCUUUCACAUUGUUUUGCUUUCAUGGGUAAUUUGUAGUUAUUUUAUUCAUUCCAUUUAAAAAUACAGAAGUCAAAACACACUGUGUUUUAAAAACAUGAGUGUUCAGAGCAUCUUUAAGAAUCUCUACUCGGGAUAUGAAAACUUAGACGGAGAAGGUCACAGAUAUGGCGGCUGUCAGGAUGGGAAAACUGAUAACCAUACCUGCAGGUCUGAUGUGUGCAUCUAUAAGUGUACAUGCAGCCAAAGAAGAAGAAUUGAAAAAGCAGCUAGUAAAACCAGAGCAGCUCCCCAUAUAUACCACACCACCUCUCCAGUCUAAAUAUGUUGAAGAGCAGCCUGGUCAUUUACAAAUGGGCUUUGCAUCCAUCCGUAAAACAACUGGUCAUUAUAUUGGCUGGUGUAAGGGUGUUUAUGUCUUUGUGAAAAAUGGGAUAAUGGAUACAGUACAAUUUGGAAAAGAUGCUUAUGUCUAUCUGAAGAAUCCACCUAGAGAUUUUCUUCCAAAAAUUGGAGUGAUUACAGUUUCAGGAUUAGCAGGCUUGUUUUCAGCAAGAAAAGGUUCCAGGUUUAAGAAAAUUGCUUAUCCCUUGGGACUGGCCACUUUAGGAGCAACUGUUUGCUACCCAGUUCAGUCAAUAAUAAUUGCAAAGGUAACUGGGAAAAAGGCAUAUACUACAAGCCAGCAAAUUUAUGAAGCAGUUAAAUCAUUGUGGACAAAAAACAACAAAAAAGAGUCACUCCCUAAACCUAAAGAAAGAACUAAGAUAGAAAACUCUGGUGAAAUAGAAAUAUCUGCAAAAACAACUCACAACCUGAAAUUUUCAGUGCCUUUGUCAACAGAACUCAUCUUUGAAACAAAGACAGAAUCGGAAUCUACCUCAGGUGCUACACAGUUUAUGCCUGACCCCAAGCUCAUGGAUCACGGGCAGUCCCAUCCAGAAGAUAUAGAUAUGUACAGCACUAGAAGCUGAAAUAGUCUGCAUAGAGAACUACAAGAUGUGUGAAGUUGAAAAUAAUGAUGAAAAAAUCAUGUAAAGGGUAACUGUGAUACAUAGAAUAUAACCUAAACCAAGUUUUUCCCGUACAUCUUCUAAUGUAGUGUACAGUUUGACUAAUCACAUAAGUGAUUAAAACACAAACUGAAUUCAAUUCAAACAAUAUUAAAUGAUUGACAAAGAGGCAGAAGUAGAAGUAUUGGGAUGCAUUGAAUGAUUUUUAGCGGUGUUUACAAAAAUAGACUAAAUAUAUAAACACUGAUGAGACUAAAAUCUGAGCAAAUAUGUAUGUGGGCACAUAAAUAUUUAUACAGAUACACAUAUAUAUUUGUUUUACCUUUUUGAAACUAAUGUCAGCUAAAUUAGAAUAUUGUGUGGAAGGAUGUGUUCCCCACUUUUUCAUUUCCCAGAGUUGGAAUAAAAUACUCAUAUUUUAUGAAAAAAAAAAAAAAAGAAUCUCUACUCGGGAAACA